UCUUCUCAUCUCUUUCUUUGUGAGAAGCAAGGUAGAUCAGAAACAGAAAUGGGGGUGCUGGAUCACCUCUCCAAAUUCUGUACCGUCACUUCCAUCCGCAGAAGAAGAAAAGCCAUGCAGACGGUGGAGCUCAAAGUCAGGCUGGACUGUGAUGGCUGUGAAAGAAGAGUUAAACACGCAGUGUCCUCCAUGAAAGGUGUGAAAUCAUAUGAUGUGAUAAGGAAGCAGAACAAGGUGGUAGUCACUGGAUAUGUGACCGCAAAGAAGGUGAUGAAAAGGGUGAGAAGCGUGGGGAAGAAGGCUGAGUUGUGGCCUUAUGUCCAAGCCAACUUGGCCUUUUACCCUUAUGCAGCGGGGGUCUACGACAAGAAGGCCCCGGCUGGUUUCGUGAGAAACGUGCCACAAGCUGCCGCCAGUCCGAGCGACCCCCAUGAGAAGUAUGCCUCCCUCUUUAGUGAUGAAAACCCUAAUGCAUGCUCUAUCAUGUAAAGAAAAUAUAACUACUUAAUGAAAAGAUAUAUAUAUAUAUAUGUGUGUGUGUGUGUUCUCUCUCUCUCUAGAUCAUCUCUUUGAUCGCUUUCUCUCUUGUAAGGUUGUUCAUGGAUAUGUAUGGAGGUCAUCACUCAUCAAUAGGCCCAUCUUACAUUGAAUGCCAAAGAGAAUUACAAGGCCAAAAAAGCAAAGGGUCGUGUUCAGCUCAUUCAUUAAGAUGUUGAUUGGUGCUCCAGACUUGUUUUACUUCAUCUUCAGUCGUGUCUUACUGAACUAUUAGUCAUGCAGCCAAAGUUCGUUUUGGGAACCGCGAGUGGUUGAUUAAAUGGGUAAUGCUCUAAAACCACGGCCAGCCUUUCAUUUUCGGCCAUUAAUAAAAAAAUCCAUGAAUUAGAGAAUAUGCAGGGAAGAUCUAGAAGUGUUGAGGUCA